UAAAUGCAAUGAUCUCCAACAGGGAAUGUCCCAAGGUUUGAGAUACAGACCUCUGGAAGAAUGCAAGGUGAUGUUACGUGAAGCACAAAUACAGCUUUAAAUAGCAAGAAGGAACGCGGGAGAGCAGUAGGCCUUUUCAAGCUUUCAAAUUACAGCAAAUGGAAGGGUCAAAAGGGUAUCUUUUAACGCCCAUGAGGGCCCCUCCCCUUUUUAUUUUAAUUGAGGUUUAAUUUACAUGCUAACGCAGGCCUCAAACUUGGGGUCACUGUCAGGCAACAGUAUCUGGCAAGAAUUGAAUGUCUUUGUUUUAUUGUCAUUGUAUUUUGGCCUCGGUCUACAUAUGGCAAGUGAGAGAUAAAGAGUUUAUUAGAUACAUUUAUUUAAAUUAGAAAAAUAAGAAAAAACAUCAAAGAAGCAAUUUUCUAGAUAAUACAGGAGAUGACAAAACUGGUGUGGAUGGUUGGGGGGAGGCUAAGGGCCGGGUACCCUGGUCAGAUGUCCAGCUCUGAACCCGGAGGAGGCCGAAGGGGCUGGGCAGGAAGGCGGCAAAUCCCUGGGAGCAGGAAGCUGCAGCAAUCAGGGAAGACCCUGCUACCCUGGAAGUGCCUCAUGUCCCGUGGGGGCUGGGUGGACACACACAUAAGAGCUCCAGGCCAGCCAGCUGCUAGGGCCACUCGCCCACCACUGCCCGCGAACCAUGCUCUCCGCCACUCUGCUGGCCCUGGCCCUGGCCCUGCUGGGCAGUGCCCAUGCCAGCCCCAAAGGCACCUCCUAUGAAGCGGGCAUCGUGUGCCGUAUUACCAAGCCUGCCACCCUGGUUUUGAACCAGGAGACCACCAAGGUGAUCCAGACGGCCUUCCAGCGAGCCAGCUACCCAGACAUCAAAGGCGAGAAGGCCAUGAUGUUCCUUGGCCAAGUCAAGUACGGUCUGCACAACAUCCAGAUCAGCCACGUGUCCAUUGCCAGCAGCCAGGUCGAGCUGGUGGAAGGCAAGUCCAUCGACAUCUCCAUCCAGAAUGUGUCUGUGAUCUUUAAGGGGACUCUGAACUAUGGCUACACCGGUGCCUGGGGGUUGGGCGUUGAUCAGUCUGUAGACUUCGAGAUCGACUCCUCCGUUGAUCUCCAGAUCAACACGGAGCUGACCUGUGACUCUGGUCGUGUGCAGGCUGAUGCCCUUGACUGCUAUCUGUCUUUCCACAAGCUGCUCCUGCAUCUCCACGGGGAACGUGAGCCUGGGUGGAUCAAGUAUCUGUUCACAAACUUUAUCUCCUUCACCCUGAAGCUGGUCCUGAAGGGACAGGUCUGCAAAGAGAUCAACGUCAUCACCAACACCAUGGCGAACUUUGUCCAGAGAAGGGCUGCUGACUUCAUCUCGGGCACAGACAUCCAGGUGGACAUUUCCCUGACAGGAUCACCUGUCAUCAAAGCCACCUACCUGGAGUCUCAUCACAAGGCAAUGCUGGAGACCCAGGGCCUCAACACCAAUCAAGAUGUCUUUCAGAAGCUUUUUGGUGGCUUCUCUACCAGCCAGGCCCAAGUCACCGUCCACUGCCUCAAGAUGCCCAAAAUCUCCUGUCGACACCGGGGCAUUAUGGUCAAUUCUUCUGUGAUGGUGAAAUUCUUCGUUCCACACACAGGCAGGGAACUCUUUGUGGCUUACUCUUUUGAAGAGGACACCAUCGCCACUCUCCAGGCCUCCUAUUCCAAGAAGAAGCUCUUUCUAAGCCUCUUGGAUUUUCAGAUUAAACCAAAGACUGUUUCCAACUCGACUGAGAGCUCCGAGUCCAUCCAGAGCUUCCUGAGGUCGAUGAUCACCACAGUGGGCAUCCCUGAAGUCAUGUCUCGGCUCGAGGUGAUGCUUACAGCCUUCAUGAACAGCAAAGGCCUGGACCUCUUCGAAAUCAUCAACCCUGAGAUUAUCACUCGGGAUGGCUACCUGCUGCUUCAGAUGGACUUUGGCUUCCCUGAGCACCUACUGGUAGAUUUUCUCCAACACUUGACCUAGAAGGCUCCCAAGAGGUUGGAAUGGAGCUCAAAGCAGAAGGCACUCCAGCUUGGCUCCACUCCAUCAGACUCACAGCUGGAAUGCUGGAGUCUCUGUCCAGGGUGGCUGGGCCAGGGAGGGGGUGGAGAGAUGGAGACUGGGUUCCAACCUCUUCUUGUCAGGAAGGCCUCUUGGCAUUAAAGGGCUGUAUUGGAAGCUGGGGGAAUACUUCUUCUGUGGCUGGAGGAUAUGAGGGUGGGGAAGGAGAAGAUAAGCAUGUCUCAUGGGUCCUUCCCCCUUUGCUGGACACAUUUGUUGUGCCUCAUCCCUGGCAGUCCCCCCUCCUUUCAGCGCCCCCUCCCAAUUCU